AUGAAAGUUAAACGAGAAUUAAGCUCGCCAAGACGCUCACCGAGAUUUAACACUUCACCAAAACGUCGUCGAAGUUUUCUUUUACCGCCUCCUACUCGGAGUAUUUUAAAAAAAAAUGAUGAUACAACAAAUUUUGAUAUUCUACAAGACGAGAAUCUAGCCACAAAUGUUUUAGAUUCAUUAUGGGAAACGGACAUGACAGAGAACGUUGAUGGGCAAAGGCGUAGAAAAUCUAUAGGAAGAAGAGUCAGCUUUGCUUCAAAAGCUCGCGUUCGUUUAUUUGAUAAAUAUGAAGUUGCGGGACAGCAACCAGCAGAUCAAAGUAUGACAAGUUCUUUAAAUGGUGAUCGAGAUGAGACUUCGGAGUUUAUGUUGACAAUUAAUACGCAAUCUCCAGAAAAUAUAGACUUAAAACCCGAAGAAAUGAAAUUUAUGAGGGUCGAUCAAAACAAACAACAAAUUGAUGAAGUUGCGGAACAACAACAAGCGGAGUCAAUUGUAUCAAAUCCUUUAUAUGGUGAUAAAAAUGAAACUUCAGAAAUUGUGUCGACGAUUUCUACACCAUCUCCAGAAAUCAAUGAAUAUAAAACCGAAGAAAUAAAAGAAAUAAGAACCUUGACUGAGGAACAAAGUCAACAAAUUGAUAAAGAUGUAGUUGCGGAACAACAAUCAGGGGAACCAAUAGUAUCAAAUACUUUGAAUAAUGAUCGCGAUGAAGCUUUGGAAUUUAUUCCGAUAAUGUCUACACUAUCUACUGAAGAUAUGGACUUUCAAUCCGAAGAAAUGAAAGCCUUGAUUGAGAAACAAAAUCAACAAAUUGAUAAACAUGAAACUGCAAAACAGCAACCAGCAGAGCCAAGCAUAUCAAAAUCUAUAAAUGAUGAUCGCAAUGAAGCUACGGAAUUUAUGUUGACGAUUUCUACACCAUCUUCAGAAAUUAAUGAAUGUAAAUCCGAAGAAAUAAAAGUGUCUUUAACUAAGGAACAAAAUCAACGAAUUGAUAAAUAUGAAGUCGUGGAACAGCAAACAGUAGAACCUAAUGUAUCAAAUCCUUCAAAUGAUGAUCUAGAUGAAACUCCAGAAAAUAAUGACUUUGAAUCUGAAGAAAUGAAAUUAAUGAGAGCUUUGGUUGAGGAACAAAAUCAACAGAUAGAAAUAUUUGAAGCAGAAUUCGAAAAUAUUAAUAAAGAAAUGCAAACUCUCGGGAAGAAGCGCGGUCAUCUGAUAAAAGAAAAAGUGGAUAUCGAACAGAAAAUCCGCGACGCCAAGCGACUUGUAGAAGUGACUCAAUGCUAUACCGAGAAAGACCUACAUGAUGUGCAAGAGCAAUAUAGAGCUCUCGUUUCUAAACAUAAAUGGAACCCCAAAACGUUAUCUGAUGAGCUUGUACAUUUGGAGUAUGAUGAAACUAUACAGGUUAAAAUUGACAUUAGAGAUUUGCGUAAACGUGGUGACACAAACAUUCCUUUUGUUGAAGUAUUACUUAAUUUAAAUGACAAUAUGAAACCUGAAGAAAAACUAUAUUACCAAAUUAUUUUUGAUGGAGUACGAGGAUUUGCUUUAAAUUCUGAUUAUUGGGAAAAUUCAAGACAACUUUAUAGGGAUUAUCACGUUCUAAAAUUUAAAUUGCCAACAGAAAUUAUUAGUGGCAAAAUCCAUAAUGAUAAAGAUAAUAAUGGCAAAGAGAUUAUUAUGAGAUUUAGGGACAUUGUUAGAUAUCCAAAUGUUUCAAAUAUGUUAUGGGAGAUUGAACCUAUUUAUGGCAAAGUAAACGAAUCCUUUAUCAAAGAAUCAAUUAACGAACACUUUUCAAGUAAUGUCAUUGGAUGUAUCAAAAAUGCUUGUGUUAUUAUACAGAAACAAGUGUUUUAA